AUGAAGGUAAUAUCAUUAGGCUUAAUUUCCUCAAUAAUAUUUAGUAUAGUUUUAGCAAAAAAAGGUUCGGAUUCAGGAUCCACCACGGGUUGCUUUGGAUUCUGUAGAAGAAAGUCAAAGAAAUCCAAGAAAGAAGUUAAAGAUGUGAAACCAUUUGACCCUAACAUUCCAGAUAUCAAAUUUAUAGAUGAUUUCGAGCCAAUAACAUUACACUCUCCCAAAAUAGGAAUUAAACGUGUGGUAACGGAGCCAUUUGCCCCAGAAGACGAUGAUGUUACUACUGAUCCAAAGACAGGAUUUUUAAGAAGGGAAUACGUUCCUGGUAUGUCAGGAUGGUAUGUUAGACCAUAUGAAGAAGACUAUGCUGAUCAAAUUCAGACUAAUUUUAUACCUUAUAGGGAAUAUUAUGAACGCAGACAAAAGAUAAAGAGUCAACGUAAAGGUGGCCCCCCUCCACUACCUACUACCCCUCAAAGAUACGUGCCCCCUAAAAUCCAAGUGCCCUCUCCAGAACCAAAAAAGCCCGUAGAACAAACAAUAACUACAGUACCUGAAGAAGACGCAGUCACACUAAAUAAAUUUGACAUGGGUACAACAGAGGGAGUUGAAGGUACAACAAAUGAAGAUGAAGAAUUAGAUGAAGAAGUUCGAUCAUUUCUCGGAGAUCCAGAAGAUUACGAAGAAAAUCAAGAAACUGGAGAAAACGGAAAUGAACUUGAAGGCGAAGAAGAAGGAGAAGAAGAAGCCGAAGAAGAAGCCGAAGAAGAAAGCGAAGAAGAAGGCGAAGAAGACGCUAGAUCAUUUCUUGGAGACGCAGAAAAUGACGAAUAA